CAGAUAAACAUGCGGAAAUGGCAACCUCUAUAUUCACACUAAUUUCCGGUUUUCAACAAUUGACUAGUGAAGAAAGGACCUCACUUCGUACCUUUUUCAUAAAUAACCCUGAUCGUAAAAAUGAUACAAUAGAAGCGCUUACGAGCUGUGAAAAUGAUGAGGAGAGAGUUGCAUGCCUUCGAGGGCUCUUAACAUCUG